UCAUCCUCAAUGUAUCUGAUUGAAAUCUUUUUCCACAUUCAGAAGCUACCAGUGUAUAAAUUCCCAAUUCACUUCAGUCUGUAAUAUUUUUUUUAGUGUAGAGAAAAACUGAGCUUUUAAAGCAUUCUUGUGAUACAAUGAACACCACACUGUUGUUGAACUCUGAACGAACUAUACGAUAACUCCGAAAAAGAAAAACGCAGUCCUUCCCUACCCCUCCUCGGGUGAGUGUUCUCGAAGCGAGGCCUGUCUGGAUAAAGCGUCCCUGGAUGUUGCUACGCAACUCAGUACCAAGGACCUAAAUAUUACGCCCGCCAUUUUGGAAACCUUAUUUAUGAACUUGAGUGAGUAAAAAAGACGUGUAUUUUUUUUCUAGCAUACCGUAGGAUGUGAUGGCAUCUUUACACUCUGACAGAUCAGAUCAUUUUCCUAAAAUUCCAAAGCAAAGACUUGUAGAGGCAAAACCUGGUGCUCAGUUGACUUACCUCGAGGAUUCUGGAGUCGAUGUGCGCGAGCUAUGGAGAGAUCAUGGCAAUGAAAGACAGUUGUACAGAAAUUCUCCUCCUAUGAUUAUUGGACAGAGAAAAUCUGGUAGUCAGAAUAGUUCACGAACAAAUUCACCAGUACAGAGGCGACAUGAGGCUGAACCAGGUACCCUUGCCUGUCGCAGUCCUUCUAUUUCCUUGGAACUUGGCUCAUCUUUAGAUGAAAGUCAGCUGUUACGAGAUAAGAUCUCCAGACUUCAGCAGGAGAGAGAGCACCUUAGUUCACAGUUAUCACACUACAGACAAGCUGCAGAAACUGCACAAACAGACCUCGCAGCUGAAAAAGUGGUGUCAUCUGGAUUACAACAUGAGUUACGAGAUGCUCAGCAUAGAAUAUCAGAAAAAGAACAGCAAAUUAUUGAAUUCAAGUGUGAAAUUGAAAGCAACAAACAAAAUUCAGCACGGCAGACAGCCUUGGUACAGUCACUCCGUGACAGAAUACGAGAGGCAGAAGAUGAGGCUGUUGNAAAAAAAAAACGCCAGUUUAAAAAUUACCUUGACAUCGCUCCCCUGCGAACUCUUCUGGGCAUGUGCAUGUGUAUUUGUCAUAUGAACCAUCAUCCGUACAAGUACCUCCGUUUAAACAAGGAUCACUCAUGCAGGCGGUUACCUUAG